UUUCUCAGCCUCCAUUCGCUUCAAGCUCUCGGUAUCCCUGGCGGGUUUUCCAUUUCCUGCCAGUACGAGAUUUACGAUGUCAGAGGCUACAGUCACAGAAAAAAGGCCCACAAAGUCGUCUUCUAAUGCUGCAAAACCUCGCAAACGUUUUGUGGGCAGCAAGUCCUCUGCUCCCUCAAAGUCGGGUGCUUCGCAUGUAGUGGCCAACCAGAUACCACAAGAGAUUUUGCAGGAUUCUCAGCUCAAUGCUGCUAUGAAGGCCCUUCCGUCGAAUUAUUCCUUCGAAAUUCAUAAAACAAUCUACCACGUCCGAAAGAACAGCUCGAAGAUGGUAGCCUUGCAGAUGCCGGAGGGGUUGCAAAUGUUUGCCUGCACCAUUGCGGACAUCAUCGAACGGUGAGCAGGUUAUUGACACCGG